CGCAACCAUGCUCGCACCAGUAACGGCACUCUCGCUCCUGUCGAUGGACCCGUCGCCCGCGGUACGCCGCUCGGCAUCGGCGGCCGCGGGGACGCGACACGGCCUCGUCAACCUCACGCGCCUCGUCGGUUCGCUCGACAAGCAGCGCCUCGAGCAGCAGCGAGACGGGCUGGACGGCGUGACGUGGCUCGAGAUCCAGAAGACGUGGGAGACGGUGCUCUAUGCGCGGGCUCUGCUCGGCGCGCUCAAGGGCGGCAAUGAGCAGUCCUCGACCACCCUCUCAUCGCUGAACUCACUCGAGGCGACGCUGUCAAAGGUUGAGACCCAUGUCCAGGGCGCCGCGAAGCGCACGAGCGCCCCGGCACCGGCCACAUCGCUGCCAUACCUCGAGCUCCCGACGCAGCUGCGGCCCACUGGUCCGCCAUCACCCGUCGCGCUGCUCGACGAGGCGGUGGCCACCACGCUGCCUGAGAUCGAGGCCGACGCGCUCCCGCCCGCGCUGGCGUCGGCACCAGUGACGCCAGGCGUCGAGCUGCCGUCUUUGAGCUUCACUGCUCCCAAGGCACCUGCCCCUCCAGCACCGUCACCCUCCCUCAACCGCGCCGCGUCGUCCAAGUCGUUCAGCACGACGACCUACUUUGCCAAGCGGGAGAAGGAGGACCGGCAGGGCGGCGAGGCUGGCCUCCUGCCGCUCAAGACGCAGUCUACAGCCAAUGACAAGGACCCGCUCGACUCAGAGGGCAUGCGCAAGCGGCUGAUGGGCGGCGCGAGCAACACGCUCGGCUCGGCACAGUUGCACGAGGAGCUGGGCGGGCAGCUCGUGGACAUGUCGCACCGGCUCAAGCUCAACGCGGUCCACUUUGCCAACUCGCUGGAAGAAGAAAAGGCGCUACUCGAGUCGUCGCAGGACGUCCUGGAGCGCAACCUCGAGACGACGAAGGAGUCAAAGGGCACCCUGUCCAAGGUGUCGUCCAAGGGCCGCGGCACGACGUGCCUCACCAUCGGCGUGGUGCUGCUUGUCAUUGUACUGUUUGUGUGGACGUACCUGCUCAUCAGGUUUACAUAGGCGUGUGCAUGCAUGUGUGGG